AUCCAUCACGUGUCAAUACGCUAUUGGUGAAAACAACAAGAAGCUUACGCUCAUUGGCCAGUUUUCUCGAGAACACGUCGCAAAAGUCGUUUGAUGCCUCAAGCUUCGCUUCGUUUCCCAGUUUCGAAUUUCAAGUACUCCAACUGAAAAAUAAAAAAACCCGAUCCAUUAGAGAAAUUAAAUUAUAAAAGCAGCGCCAAAGCUUAAGAAUCCUUCACCUAUUCUCUCUCGAAAUAUCAACCUUUUUUAUUUUUGUUGUUGAAAUUGAAGAUCUGAUAAAAAAUUUGUAAACAUUUCUUAAGUUCUGGAGAGAUCCAAUUUCUCUCCUGAUCUCAAAUCCAUGGCGCUUCCUCGGUCGAAGCUACUUCUUCUGCUGUUCGCUUUGUCUUUUGCGAUCGUCGCCAUUGCAGGGAAGAGUUAUUACGACAUAUUGCAAGUGCCGAAAGGGGCAUCCGAUGAGCAAAUCAAAAGAGCGUAUAGAAAGCUGGCAUUGAAGUACCAUCCUGAUAAGAACCCCGGCAAUGAAGAGGCCAAUAAGCGAUUUGCUGACAUUAACAAUGCUUAUGAGGUGUUGUCGGAUAGCGAAAAGAGGGGCAUAUAUGAUAGGUAUGGUGAGGAGGGCCUGAAGCAGCAUGCUACCAGCGGAGGCAGAGGGGGAAUGGGGGUCAAUAUUCAGGACAUUUUCAGCUCGUUUUUUGGCGGAGGGUCGGUAGAAGAGGAAGAGAGAAUUGUGAAGGGCGAUGAUGUAAUUGUUGAAUUGGAUGCAACACUAGAAGAUUUGUACAUGGGAGGUACUCUUAAGGUUUGGAGGGAGAAAAACAUCUUAAAACCAGCUCCAGGUAAACGCCGCUGUAACUGCAGAAAUGAGGUCUAUCAUAAGCAAAUUGGUCCAGGGAUGUUCCAACAGAUGACUGAACAGGUUUGCGAGCAGUGCCAAAAUGUGAAAUAUGAACGAGAGGGAUACUUUGUCACAGUUGAUAUUGAGAAAGGAAUGCAAGAUGGACAAGAGGUGGUCUUUUAUGAAGAUGGUGAGCCUAUUAUAGAUGGAGAACCUGGAGAUUUGAAGUUCCGUAUUCGUACAGCACCCCAUGACCGAUUCAGGAGGGAAGGCAAUGACUUGCACACCACCGUCACCAUAACACUUGUUCAAGCUCUUGUUGGUUUUGAUAAGACCAUUAAACACCUUGAUGACCAUUUAGUGGAGAUUGGCUCUAAGGGUAUUACCAAGCCGAAGGAGGUGAGAAAGUUCAAAGGAGAAGGAAUGCCAUUGCAUUUUAGCAACAAGAAAGGAGACCUCUUUGUCACCUAUGAGGUUUUGUUCCCCACAUCACUUGCGGAGGAUCAGAAGGCGAAAAUCAAGUCAAUUCUUGGCUAGGAUUAGAACAUCCCAUUUUUUUUGGCUGCUUGGGUUUUAAGCUAUAUUCCCACUGUAACAUUCGAUGAGGAUACGUAGAAAAUAGGAAAUCUAGUGUUCGAAAAUUUUCUUACCAAUUCCCUCCUUCAUUAACAAAAUGUAUUUUUUUUGGAGGCGUUUGUUAGCACAAUAUUCCUUUAGGCUUGGGCGAUAUAUAUAUAUAUAUAUAUUGCUUAGCAUAACUUGUCUUGUUUCUGUUUAUUUUUUGUGUUUCACAAAAUAGCAUGAAAUGGGGAGUGAAUAAUGGAAUCAAUUACUAUGUAUUCUUCCAAAA